CAUUUCAGAGAAAGCAAAACUGAUCUCUCUCUCUUUCUCAGUGUGUGAGUUCAGGAAAAUGGCAGAAGCCAGUAUUUCAGCAGAUCAAUUUUCAGUGGACCAGUUCAGCUGUCCAGUGUGUCUGGAUCUCCUGAAGGAUCCAGUGACUCUCCCCUGUGGUCACAGUUUCUGUAAGGUGUGUAUUAAUGGCUGCUGGGAUCAGGAGGAUCAGAAGGGCGUCUACAGCUGUCCUCAGUGCAGACACACUUUCACUCCAAGGCCUGUUCUACGCAGAAACACCAUGCUGACUGAAGUGGUGGAGAAACUGAAGAAGACUGAACUCCAAGCUGCUUCUCCUGCUCACUGUUACGCUGGACCUGGAGAUGUGGAGUGUGAUUUCUGCACCGGGAGAAAACACAAAGCCAUCAAGUCCUGUCUGAUGUGCUUGACUUCAUUUUGUGAAACUCAUCUGAAACCUCAUCUGGAAAUUUCUGGUUUAAAGAAACACACAUUAAUCGAAGCCUCAGCAAAACUACAAGAGAAGAUCUGCUCUCAACAUAACAAGCUGAUCGAGAUCUACUGUCGUACUGAUCAAACCUGCAUCUGUUAUUUGUGUACGAUGGAUAAUCACAAGGGACACGACACCGUCACAGCCACAGCAGAAAGAGCUGAGAAACAGAGUGAGUUAAAAGAGGAGCAGAGAAAAUUCCAGCAGAGAAUCCAGGAGAAGCAGAAGAAGGUGCAGGAGCUGAAACAGGCUGUGAACACUAUAAAGCUGAGUGCACAGACAGCAGUGGAGGACAGUGAAAUUAUCUUUACUGAGCUGAUCAGCUCCAUGGAGAAAAAGCGCUCGGAGGUGACGGAGCUGAUCAGAGCUCAGGAGAAGACUGAACUGAGUCGAGCUGAACGACUCCUGGAGCAACUGGAGCAGGAGAUUGCUGAUCUUCAGAGGAGAGUCACUGAGCUGGAGCAGCUUUCACACACACACGAUCACAUCCAUUUCCUCCAGGUUUUAGCUUCUGGACGUCAGUCUCCCCAACACAAAAGACCAGAUUUUCACACAUCCAACAUCACUGUCCAUCAACAUCUCUCAUUUGAUGGAGUGAGGAAUUCUCUCUCAGAUCUGAAGAAGAGACUCAAGGAAUUCUGUGAGGAGGAAUUCAACAAAAUCCCUCCACAUGCUGCAGCAGUUCAGACCAUUUCACUACCAGAGCCACAGAGCAGAAAAGAUUUUCUGAAAUAUUUCUGUUAUCUGACUCUGGAUCCCAACACGGUACAUCGUAAACUCAUUCUGUCUGAGAAGAACAGAGCGGUGAGAUGCAGUGUGAGAAAGCAGCAGUACUCUGAUCAUCCAGAGAGAUUUGAUUACUGGUUUCAGGUGUUGUGUAAGGAGAGUGUGUGUGGACGCUGUUACUGGGAGGUGGAGUGGAGCGGUGCUGGUGUGUCCAUAUCAGUCUCAUAUAAAGACAUCAGCAGGAAAGGAGAGGGUGAUGAGUGUGGGUUUGGAGGCAACAAUCAGUCCUGGAGUCUGUGGUGUUCUUCUUCUUCUUCUCUCUCUUUCUGGCACAACAGCAUUAAGACUGAUCUCAGAGUUCCAUCAUCCUCCAGAAUAGGAGUGUAUGUGGAUCACAGUGCAGGAACUCUGUCCUUCUACAGCAUCUCUGACACGAUGAAGCUCCUCCACAGAGUUCACACCACAUUCACUCAGCCUCUAUAUGCUGGGUUUGGGAUCUACUUGUUUUCUACUGUGAGACUGUGUCAUCCAAAUUAAAGUGUGUAGUGUUUUAUGUAAAAUUCCUGCACAUUGUCACAUUGCUGCUCAGUCAUCUGUCUCACUAGCACACAAUCCAUCUGCACAAAAACACACUCAUUUAAAUGUAUUCAUUAAAAUAGAUUAGUCAUUUUACAAUAAUUAAAAAGGAAAUGUUAAAAAUGAACUGUCAGACAAGAAACUAGUAAAAUUUCAGAAGAAAAGAAUCAAAUAAUAUCUCGUGACCUUAGCAUUAUGAAGUUUGUUUCAUAUUAAGUGACUCGUCAUUAAAUAACUAAUAAACAGUAAUAAAGCCAAUACAGAUCACACGAUAUAUAAAAAGAAAAUAAUCAACUUUGAAUUAAUUUCAUUUUUCUGGUUGUAUUCUAAGAUGUAAAAUAUACAUUCACUUUUUAAAAUCUGAAGGUGUUUCUAAACCCUGAAAUUUCAUUAUAAAACAUUUAACACUAUUUAAAAUACAUUAGCGCUUACAGUAUAUGAUUGGUUAAGGCUGCCUAUAUAUAUAUAAAAUCAAAAUAAAAGAUAACACUUCAGGAGAGUAAAGUUUCCCCCAGUGUUGAAGUUUACAUGGUUAACUCAUUUUCAACCAAAAUGCCAGACAGAAACUUUUAAUACUGAGGUCAGGAUUUGUCAGCAAGCCGCUAUAUUGAUACACAAGGGUUUCUUUUUUUUUUUUAAUCCAAAUCACUUUCAGUGUAUAUUUUGAAAUUAUUUAAUCUAUGGUAAAUAACUACAAUGUUUUAAAUAUGGUGUUUGUGAAAAUCACUAACUUUUUUCCCCAAAAAACACAACUUUUAAUGUUCUAAUAUAUUGUAUGUGUUGAUAAUGAUGAUAAAUGUGUCUCUGCUAACUGUAUCUGUCUGUGGUCUGACUCCAGAUUUAGAAAAAUGUUAAUAUUCUCUUCAUUUUCAAUAAA